GUUACAUUUCUUUACAUCUCAUUUUGUGUGUGGAAAGAGAAAAAGAUGUCAUAUCACCAGUCCUCAUGACACACAGGUGACCAACAUGGUUUGUCAACAAGUCAAGUGUUCUCCGCUGCAAUUGGCUCAUAAUAAUCUCUGGGACUGAUAAAAAGGUGUUCUACUAUCGGAGAGCAACUGUAGUCCGGCUUGGCACAUAACUUUUGAAGGAAGAGCAAAAAGAUACGGUUUCAAGAUGAAGUUUUUACUGCUUACAAUCGCCUUUGUAGUCACCAUCUGCUAUGUCAGUGCAGGCAAGACACAGAGGAUGCUUGCAGCCAUGAACGCAGGAUUGGUGCCAGGCGUGAACGGAGCACUGGUGCCAGGCAUGAACGCGGGAUUGGCAUACGGAGCGAACCCUCGGUUGAUGGCAGGAGGCCUGAACCUGCCCAUGGUGGCGGGCGGUGGGGCAGGCUUCAUCGGGCAGCCACAGUUCCCACAGUUUGUUCCUGGACUUCCUGCUUUUGCUUUGCCGGCUCCGGUUCCCAAUGUGUACCCCUUCCCAGCUGUCAAUACGCUUCCUUUCAUGGGAGUCCCUCAAAUGGCCCAGAUGAAUCCUGCUCAGCAGCCUCCGAUGGGGGUUACAGGUGGUGCCGUGGCACAGCAGUUUCCCCUUCAGGCCGAUCCGCUCAGAAGAUUCAGGCGUCAGAUUAUGAAACAGGGCAACAACAUGAAGACCACUGUGGAUACUCAGAUUCCAGCUCCCACUGACACAGCGACAGCAUCAACUCUCUGUGACGAACAUGAUCGUCAUGAGGAUAAUUAAGACGACACUGCAACAUAGUGUACGACAAUAAAACGUUGACUUUUAUGGUUUUUGAUCACAGCACCUGUGUGUAUUAUGUUUUAUUUUCAAAUGAAUCUCAGUAUAAAUUACAUGAUGGUGGACUAUACACGUUUACUUUCCAAUAAAAAUGAAUUCUACUGAAAAGUUU